GGGGUCCUGCCGGCGCAGGCCCACCGGUGUGGAGCCGCGGCGGAGGCGCGUAGUGCGGCUUGGAGCGCAGCCAUGGACGACGAGGAGGAGACCUACCGGCUGUGGAAGAUCCGCAAGACCAUCAUGCAGCUGUGUCAUGACCGAGGCUACCUGGUAACCCAGGAUGAGCUGGACCAGACACUGGAAGAGUUCAAGGCCCAGUUUGGGGACAAGCCAAGUGAGGGGCGGCCUCGGCGCACGGACCUCACAGUGCUGGUCGCCCACAACGAUGACCCUACUGAUCAGAUGUUCGUCUUCUUCCCAGAGGAGCCCAAGGUGGGAAUCAAAACCAUCAAGGUAUAUUGCCAGCGUAUGCAGGAGGAGAACAUCACGCGUGCCCUCAUCGUGGUCCAGCAAGGCAUGACACCUUCCGCCAAGCAGUCUCUGGUGGACAUGGCCCCCAAGUAUGUCCUGGAGCAGUUUCUGCAGCAGGAGCUUCUGAUCAAUAUCACAGAGCACGAGCUGGUCCCAGAGCAUGUUGUCAUGACCAAGGAGGAGGUGACAGAGCUGCUGGCGCGAUACAAGCUGCGUGAGAGCCAGCUGCCCAGGAUCCAGGCUGGGGACCCUGUGGCACGCUACUUUGGAAUCAAGCGAGGGCAGGUGGUGAAGAUCAUCCGGCCCAGCGAGACGGCUGGCCGCUACAUCACUUACCGCCUGGUGCAGUAGCCAGGGCCAGGCGGCCACACCAAUGAGUGCCUCUCCGCAGCAUGCCCAGACCAGCCCUGGCCAGCACAGCUCCCAAGGAGGGUCCCACACAUGGCGUGGUCAACCUUCUGUCCUCAAAACUAGAACCCACCAUGGUUAUUUGGCUAGUAAUGUCAUCACUCAGGAGACCAGACUGAGGCAGGGAAAUUACCAGAAGUUCAAGUCUACCAUGGGCUCCAUAAUGAAUGAAACCAUGUCUCAAAAAGCAAAAAACAUCAGCCGGGCAUGGUGGUGCAUGCCUUUAAUCCCAGCAGUUGGGAGGCAGAGGUAGGUGGAUCACUGUGAAUUCAAGGUCACCCUCAGACUACACA